AAAGAGUCGCGAGCAGGUAUGAUCGCUAAUCAGUGUUUAACGAUGAAAUUUUUAUUUGUAGCAGUUUUAGUGCUUUUGAAUUCUGUUGUGACUCAUCAACAAAGUUCUUGUACUCUCCCUGGUAGAACUCAACAGUCAGCAUGUGUGAGGCUACAUUAUUGUACCUAUUUUCAAGAUUUGAUAAGAAAGUACAAUGGAAGACCACCUCCGGAUGUAGUCAGCAAUAUUAGAUCACAUAGUUGUGGAAGCGGUGAUUUAAUAUGCUGUCCUGAUAAUGCAGUUGAUGAAGCUUAUCCUUCUCUUUCACCCCCUCGUGAUUUAAAAACUAAAAGUCUCAACGACAUUGAAAAUCAUCGAAAUAUCAAAUUGAUUAAUGAAAGAACUUGUGGUGCAAUAUCAUCAAAUAGAAUCGUGGGUGGAGUCAACGCUAAUAUAAGAGAAUUUCCAUGGGCUGCAUUACUUGGCUAUCAGUUGGUCGAUCAAUUGGUUUGGCAAUGUGGUGGAACUUUAAUUUCUCAGCGAUUCGUAUUGACAGCUUGUCAUUGCAUUACUAAAGAACUAGUCACAGUCCGCCUUGGUGAGCACACAAUAUCAAAACAAGAAGAUUGUGAUGAUUCUGAUCAAUGUGCUGAUCCCAUCCAGGAUAUAAAGAUUGAUAAGAAAAUCAAGCAUCCAUAUUUUACCAGAAAAACAAAGGAAAAUGAUAUUGCAUUAUUGAAGCUUGUGCGACCUGCAGAUCUUACUAAAAAUAAUGUGAGGAUGAUUUGUCUGCCAAUUACUCACGAGAGUGAUAUUGAGGAAUUUAAAAAGAGGAAUGACAAUUUUGUUAUUACAGGAUGGGGAAGAACUGGGGACCAAUCAAGUUCAGACAUUCUACAGAAGGCAUUUGUUCCAUUUGUAGACUUAAAUACAUGCAAUGCAAUUUUUAAUCCUGAAAAUAUUCAAAUUUAUCCUGUACAAUUAUGCGCUGGAUACUCUCAGGACUUUAAGAAUGAUAAAACGGAUACUUGUAAAGGUAUUAAAGUUAAAAAGACUCAUUUACUCGCAAACUUACUAAUCACAUUUUUAUAUUUUCCACAGGCGAUUCAGGUAUAAACAUCGAAUUUUAUUUCUACCUUAUCAAUUUAAGGAACAAAACAGGAAUUAAAUAUUUUAUUUUCAGGUGGUGGACUCAUGGCAUUUAACACAUUAAAUGGAAAACCAAAGGCAAUCCUUUAUGGUGUGGUUACAGGAGGAGUGAAGUGUGAAGAUUCAAACAAGAUGUAUCCUGGAAUAUUUGCAAAUAUCAAAUACUUUUUGACUUGGAUUUUGGAUAAUCUUUCUGAAUGAUUUGUGCAAAAAUUUUGUAAUUUAAUAAACAAGCAUAACAAUUUAGAUGAUAAGUAAUGCUAAGUGGUUUAAUGUUUUAAUGCAAGAAAAUUGAGAUGCCAACUGAACUUGAUUAUCUAUUAAGAAUAAGGAACUGAAGAAUAUUAUUUAUUUUGAUCCAUCAUUUCCCCUUUGCUACUGAGAGGAUAGCUUCAAAUUAAGGAACCAGAAAUGACAAAUAUGAUAAACUUUGUCGAUCAGUUCAGUUCCUUUUAUUCGGAAUAUUUGAAAUUCUUAGCGUUGCUUAAUCUUCAAAUGACAAAUUUAUUUAAUGAAUAAAAAUUAAAUUAACA